AUGUAUGAAGUUCGUGGUGAAAAAAAAAUUUUAAAUAAUGUAGAUGAUAAACAUUAUGAAUUUUCAUCGUUGCGUCGUGCAAAAUUUUCAACAAGAGUUUUAUUAUAUGAAUUACAUAAAUUAACAACAGAUAAAUUUAUAUAUAAUUGUAAUAUAUGUCAACAACAAUGUGAUAUACAUUAUUAUUGUGCAAUGUGUGAAGAUUUUGAUCUAUGUGAAAAAUGUUAUAAUAUAGAACUCAAGCAUGAACAUAAAAUGGAUCGUUUUGUUUCAUUCUCAGUCGUAAAUUGUCAUCGUAACUCUUUAAAUCGGAAUGAUGAAUCUGUCGUAAAUUUACAAUUGCAACGUCAACAAUUCAUACAACGGUGUAUUGAAGUCUUGUUACAUGCUGUUAAUUGUCGAGAUGCUAACUGUCUUAAGCGAGAUUGUUUUCGUUAUAAGCGUUCUAUACAACAUUGCAAUAAAUGUCAAAGAAAAAAUGCUCAAUGCAAUCAAUUCUUUGUUGUUCAUCUUCGUGAUCCAAAUCCAGCAGAUCCAGCUGAAAAUGAUACCGAUUCAUUAAUACCGUGUGAGCUAAUGGAAACACGAGAUGCAUUUUUAAAUUUUGCUCGUGAUAAACAUUUUGAAUUUUCAUCGUUGCGUCGUGCAAAAUUUUCAACAAGAGCUUUAUUAUAUGAAUUACAUAAAUUAACAACAGAUAAAUUUAUAUAUAAUUGUAAUAUAUGUCAACAACAAUGUGAUAUACAUUAUCAUUGUGCAAUGUGUGAAGAUUUUGAUCUAUGUGAAAAAUGUUAUAAUAUAGAACCCAAGCAUGAACAUAAAAUGGAACGUUUUGUUUCAUUCUCAGUCGAAAAUUGUGAUCGUAACUCUUCAAAUCGAAAUGAUGAAUCUGUCGUAAAUCUACAAUUACAACGUCAACAAUUCAUACAACGUUGUAUUGAAGUCUUGUUACAUGCUGUUAAUUGUCGAGAUGCUAACUGUCUUAAGCGUGAUUGUUUUCGUUAUAAGCGUUCUAUACAACAUUGCAAUGAAUGUCAAAGAAAAAAUACUCAAUGCAAUGUAUGUAAACAAGUUAUAUAUCUUUGUUGGUACCAUGCGAAAAGCUGUAUGGAUCAAACUUGUCAAAUACCAUUUUGUAUAAGUUUAAAAAGUAAAAUGCAAAAACAACGAAUGACUAGUUUGCAAAUAGAUCGUCGUCGUAUGCAAGGUAUGAUGCAACAAAGAACGAGUAUAAUGCAAGAACAACUUCAAGUAUCAGUUCCUCCGGUGCAUGCUGAUAGAAUAUCAAAUCCUAGCCAUGCAUUGAGUUAUGAUACUUCUUCAACAAAUUCAAAAAUAAAUAACUCAUCAUGUAAACCAUCAGUAGUGCCCAUUCGUACGCCUCAAUAUUCUACUAAUUGGCAUAAUCUAUCUCAACAGCAAUCAUAUAUGAUGGCACAAACAACUUGGAACAGUAAACCGCAUGUCAAUGUAACUCAAUCACAAUCAACAAUUCAAUUAAAUGCAUUAAUAAAUCGAACUAAACAAGAUUCAUUAAUGGAUGAACAACAGCAACCAUAA